CCCUCUCUCUCUCUCUCUCACCCUCUCCCUCCCUCCCUCACUCAAUGAUUAUAAAAAAAAUUCUUUAUCACCUGUCACCAGUUCCCAUAACAUCAUUUUAGCCAAUCACAUCACAACACAUGAUUCCCAAAUAUCUCCUACUAAAUACUAAUGCUUGUGUUCAGCAAAUCUCUACCCUCCUAAAACAAGUACAUAUUCCUGACAUACUAGAAUUCACAUCUAUAAGCUCAUUUCCUUGCUCUCUCUCUGAAUUUGUCCACUUUCUACUGAUUUCUUUUUCAUUUAAAGCUGCCUCUUUUAUACAGAUUUUUGUUCUAUAUUCACUUGUUUCAUCAACUUAUGCAAUAGUAAAGCUCAGAUAUUUUCUUACCAUCCAAAUUUGAACCGCGGUUGUCCUAGUCCUCAUUGCUUCUGGAUUUUAAAUCCGAUACAAAGCUCUACUGUCAAUCAGCUGAGACCGUAACAUGGAGAGUCUUCAAGGUCCGUGUACAUCUUACUUUUCCUAGACCAUACUCUACGAGUGGAUAUACCAGAUAUUCUCUAGACAAUCAACAGAAAAUCUGAACUACCUGUUAAGUAUCUGCCCUUCUAACCAUGUCCACCUAUGUAACGCAACUGUACCCGGACUACAUGAAAGGAACCAAAAUAUUUUCAAGUAGUUCGUAUCUUGGAAACUCAAAGUGGUUCCCUGAGGAAAUCAAGGACACAAAAUGGAGCCAAGAAGAGAACAAGAUGUUUGAGGAUGCACUUGCUUUGUUUGAUAAGGAUACUCCAGACCGAUGGCACAAUGUGGCAGCCAUGAUCCCAGGAAAGACCGUGAGUGAUGUGAUUAAACAGUAUAGAGAACUGGAAGAAGAUGUUAGUGAUAUAGAAGCUGGCUUGAUUCCAGAACCUGAAUACGCUUGUGAUUCUUUCGCGCUUGAGUGGACGAACCAUCAAGGCUUUGAUGGAAUGAACCAAUUCUAUGUAAGAUGUGGUAAACGAAGCACGUUGACUCGGCCUACUGAUCAAGAAAGGAAAAAAGGUGUCCCAUGGACGGAAGAAGAACACAGGCAAUUUCUGCUUGGGCUCAAAAAGUAUGGGAAAGGGGACUGGAGAAACAUCUCUCGCAAUUUUGUGACUUCAAGAACACCAACUCAGGUUGCCAGUCAUGCUCAAAAAUAUUAUAUAAGACAGCUUUCGGGAGGGAAAGAUAAGAGAAGAUCAAGCAUCCAUGAUAUCACAAUGGUCAAUCUCAUAGAAGCUAAAUCCACUUCAACAGACAGCGGUCAGCAGCAUUCAGAUACGAAUGCUAGGCUCAAAGAUCAUCACAAAUGGAACCUUUCGGACAAGGGAUCAGUGAUGGACUUCAACCAGGCAAAUAGCAGCCAGCUGACGACCCCACGUCCUGAUACUUCUUCACAGGCACUUAGUGUGCAGGAUUAUAAUCUGCAAACAGGCAUUCUUCAGCGACCUCAGUUUGGUUAUUAUGAUUCGUUGUCUGAAAUGCAGCAAUGUAGCACGUAUGACCGUAUUAAUCUGGUGGGAACUUUGUUCUAAACAUUGUCGUUUCAGUGCUCUACCAAGGAUUUAUGAGGAGAAAUGUGUUAAACUAUGAUGGUAACAAAUAUGUUUAAUGUUAAAAAUCCGAAGACAGUACCUACUAUGUAUUUUAAGCACUUCUUUGCCUUGAUCUCAUGUUAUUUUCGGAAGGAUUUUCUAUUUCUCCAGAAUGCAUAUAAAUUACAUGC